AUGACGUCUCCUCCCUCGCUAGACCCCUUCUCCCCCCCGAUCCCCGUCAACACUCAUCCCAACCGCGACCUAGGGCCCAAGUCUCCUGAGCUCGAACGGUCCCUCCCCGACCCCAAUCGCCUAGCGCCCGAAGAUGCAUACUUUGCGCCCUCGCUCUCGCGUGCCCGGUCGGGGCCCACCAACUACGAGCAAAGUCUGCGGUCGUUGAACGGUGAAAGCAGUGCCCAUCUUGGCUCUGCUGCGGCUUUGCGCAAGAAACUGGGUGGUGCUGGACGGCGUCGCAAGCGGAAGGGUGCUUGGAAGAAGUUACUUUGGGUCAAGCAAUCGUAUCCGGAUAACUAUACCGAUACGGAAACGUUUCUCGAUCACCUUCAGCGUAAUCCUCGGGUGCGGCCGUACGAUUUCUGGCCUCUGGUGGCGGAUUCAACUGUGAUUGUGCAGCAUGUGUGCUCGGUGGUCAUCUUUGUUUGUUGCUUCGUUAGCAUUGUCCAAGAUCGAGUGAGCCCUGUCUCAAUUGUCUGCUGGGGAAGUGUUGGUACGGCUGUGGGCUGGAUUCUGUGGGAUAAUUGGAUCUGGAAAGAGCAUGAAGAAUCCAUGCAAGUUGCAGAUGGAACCGCUGGAGGCGAUGAUGGAUCUAGUUCGACUUCAUUUGCUAGCGCCCCCGAUGCUCCCGAUGCCCCCGCCGUUGACGCACAAUCCGAUGAUACAAAGACGAAUGCUAUUCACGGCCUUGGGCUGUCUAUGGCUGGAAAUGAGUCAAAAGAACAACUCGCCCGUCGCAGUGCAGAUUUCAGCGAAAGUAUCGACACAGUCGCUCAUUUGACUGCGCAAAGUGGUGUGCCGUCUGCUCCAGGCAGCUCCACCAUUGGCACUACAGACCCGUUUAUAUUGCACGAUACCCACCGCGUUUCGAUGCUAUCCCCGCGCAACCGCCAACGCUUGACUACCGUCAAGUCAGCCUUCCUUAUUUACUUCGCCCUCCUGGGUCUCAGUCCCAUCUUGAAAUCUCUUACCAAGUCCACCGCCAGUGACUCUAUCUGGGCAAUGAGCUGCUGGCUUUUAAUCAUGAAUAUAUUUUCUUUCGACUAUGGGAGCGGGGAAGGCGCAGGCGCCACAACAAAGUUCCCUGCUUCUUUGUCAACGAAUGCAGCUGUGAUGGCCUCGACUGUGCUCGCCUCCCGGCUGCCUUCUACGACCCACGUGUUCAGUCUCAUGCUCUUCUCGAUGGAAGUAUUUGGACUGUUCCCCAUAUUCCGGCGCCAAUUGCGACAGAAAUCAUGGACUGGUCAUGUGGUCCUGACGCUGGCCCUUGUGAUCGUUGCUGGUGGCGCUGUUGGUGUCACGUUGAGCGGCGGAUGGGCAUCAACCAUCAUUGGAUCUGUCCUAGGAAGCAUCUUGACAGCGUUUGUGAUGGGCGGGUGCAGCUGGUGGCUCAUCAGCUUGCAAAAGUACAAAAACGUUGUUAUCGGACCCUGGGACCCUGCCCGGCCGAUCAUUCGACGCCACUGGAACUAA